AUGAUGAAAGUCAAUUCCGUAGUGAAAGAGUUAUGUGCCCGUGAAUACUGUCCCAUAUAUCUUGAAUCUAUUGAUAUUUUACUCAAUCUUGGUGCAGACGUCAAUAUACAAGAUAAAGGGUAUAUAUUGAUAGUGAAAUAUCAGUAUAAAGUGGCAGUAGGUGUUGAUUUACAAGGGUAUAUUUUGAUGGUGAAAUAUCAGUAUAAAGUGGCAGUAGGUGUUGAUUUACAAGGGUAUAUAUUGAUAGUGAAAUAUCAGUAUAAAGUGGCAGUAGGUGUUGAUAUACAGGGGUAUAUUUUGAUAGUGAAAUAUCAGUAUAAAGUGGCAGUAGGUGUUGAUUUACAAGGGUAUAUUUUGAUAGUGAAAUAUCAGUAUAAACUGACAGUAGAUGUUGAUUUACAGGGGUAUAUUUUGAUAGUGAAAUAUCAGUAUAAAGUGGUAGUUGGUGUUGAUUUACAGGAUUUUCUGGGUUGA